UCCGUUUUAUUCUUCUGAAUUUUCCCAACUUGCCUCCGUACGUUGGGCUGUUUUUUGGGGGCAGAAGAUGCCGGUUCAAAUCCCGGACGACCGGGACUUCUCCUCCUUCAAAGACCAGUGCCUGAACCCUGAAGGCUGGAUCCCCAAGUUCAACAAGAACAACAUCACAGUGUGGAUCCGAGCCGAGGAGAGCGCCACCGUGCAGAAAAUCAAGAUGCGUAUCGUGUGCAAAGACGUUCCCGCGGAGACGGUGUACGACGUGCUCCAUGACACCCCCUACAGGAGGAAGUGGGACACGAACAUGAUCGACACCUACGACAUCGGACGCCUCACGGUCAACGCCGACGUGGGAUACUACUCCUGGAGGUGUCCUCCUGGACUCAAAAACAGAGACUUUGUCACCAUGAGGUCCUGGCUUCCUCUGGGCAACGACUACCUCAUCAUCAACUACUCAGUCAAACACCCGCAACAUCCUCCAAAGAAAGAGUACGUUCGUGCGGUCUCCCUCCUCACCGGGUACCUGAUUCAGUCCACCGGCCCCAACUCCUCCACCCUCUACUACCUCACCCAGGUGGACCCCAAAGGCUCAUUACCAAAGUGGGUGGUGAACAGAGUGUCUCAGUUGGUGGCUCCAAAGGCGAUGCGUAAGAUCUACAAGGCGUCUCUGAAAUACCCCGAGUGGAAGCGUAAACACAGCCCCCAGCUCAAGCCCUGGCUCUUCCCCGAACAGAACAGUCUGCCCUGCAUAGACCCCGGUAGCCUCAGCCUCCAGAGGGCAGACUCUCUGGAAAACAUCGACGAGAGCGGAGCCAACGAGGACAAGCCCGCCAAGGACCAGAGCGACGACGAACAGGACUGA